AUGGAUUUCACGCCCUCUAUGGACGACGAACUUGAGUUGAAGAAUGGUCAGCUGGUUCGGUUGCUGCACGAAUACGAUGAUGGAUGGGCGCUUUGCAUCCGACUCGAUCGAUCUCAGCAAGGUGUGGUCCCCCGAACAUGCCUCGCCGCCAAACCGUCCAAGCCUAAACCAUCUCAUCUCAACCAAUAUGCUCGCCCACCACCUCCCGGAGGACCGGGCUCCCGCCCCAUGUCCCCUGCUGGUGGUCCCCGAGCCGGUAUGGGUCCUCAGCGCCCAAUGAGUCCUGCAGGGAGACCUAUGAGCCCCGCUGGGAGACCUAUGAGUCCCGCUGGGAGAUCUAUGAGCCCCAUGGGAAGACCUAUGAGCCCCAGCGGAAGGAUGAGCCCAGCUGGAAUGCGACGACCGAUGAGCCCAGGCUUCAAUCAAGGACCGAGAGCCAUGUCUCCAGGUCCAAGGAGGGGACCACCACCGGGUCGAAGCAUGUCUCCUGGACCAUACGGUGUUCGUGGCGGCCCACCACCAAUGGCCGCAGCAAAUCGACCAAGAAGCAACUCUGCCAGCAACGUCAGGGAGAAGCGCAACUCUCCUGCUGGGCCGUCGAAGCUAGGGCCUGGCUCGGGCAUGGCUUUUUAA